AUGGAUGAGGAUGCACCUCGAUCGUUCCAGUUCCGAGGUCUUCAGAGACGUCGUGGUGCUAUUAAACACGCUCGGGUGCAUGAGAUACGUGGGCAUCAAUUUGUGGCUACAUUUUUUCGUCAACCGACGUUCUGUUCGUUGUGUUCCGACUUUAUGUGGGGUCUGAACAAGCAGGGCUAUCAGUGCCAACUGUGUUUAACUGCUGUACAUAAGAAAUGUCAUGAAAGAAUGCUAAGUCAAUGUCCAGGAUCAGCGAAAAAUACCAAAGAUACAAUUUACUUAAAAGAACGCUUCAAAAUUGACAUACCUCAUCGGUUCAAAACAUAUAACUUCAAAAGUUUGACAUUUUGCGAUCAUUGCGGUUCAAUGCUGUACGGGUUGUUCAAACAGGGCCUGAAAUGUGAAGCUUGCGGUGUUGCGUGUCAUCACAGAUGUCAACGUCAUAUGCCAAAUUUAUGUGGUGUUAAUCAACGGGAAUUGUCUCAAGCGUUAUUUGAAAUUAAACGUGGUACACUUGGCCAAACCAGGUUUCAUUUUUUUGUCAUGAAUUGUUCAAGCGCUCCCGUUGGGGAUAUUGCUCGUGGUGUGCAGUUAGGCCCAAAUGUACCGCUGGAAAGCCGUAGUGCCUCGACACCGGCUGGAAAUGCUAAUGCUUCACUGCCGGGGACCAAAUUUCCUGAUAAGUUCAAAGCAUUUUUCCGGAACCACAAUUACAACGUUGAUUCGCAUGCCAUUUGGGUAUUUAAACAGUUGCUUUACAGAUACAUUAGUGCGCCUUGGUCAACAGCAGAUGGUAUCAAGAAAUACGGUUUACAGCAUUUUACCCUUCAUAAAGUGCUUGGGAAAGGAAGUUUUGGCAAAGUAAUGCUUGUUGAGUUGAAGAAUAAAAAUGAGUUUUAUGCAAUGAAAUGCCUGAAAAAAGAUGUGAUUUUGGAAGACGACGAUACCGAAUGUACCUUUAUUGAACGUCGAGUUCUUAUUCUCUCUUCGCAGUGCCCAUUUUUGUGUCAACUGUUUUGCUCGUUUCAAACCAAUGAAUAUUUGUUUUUCGUAAUGGAAUAUCUUAAUGGCGGUGAUCUCAUGCAUCAUAUUCAAACAGUUAAAAGGUUUGAUGAGAAUCGUACUCGUUUUUACGCCUGCGAAAUAAUCAUUGCAUUACAGUUUUUACAUUCAAAGGAUAUCAUUUACAGAGAUUUGAAAUUGGACAACAUAUUGCUGGACGCAGAUGGUCACGUACAUCUUGCCGACUUUGGCAUGUGCAAAACGGAAAUGAACCGUGAAAAUGGCAUGGCGUCAACAUUUUGUGGAACUCCGGAUUAUAUUGCUCCAGAGAUAAUUAAAGGACAACUUUAUAAUGAAGCAGUCGACUUUUGGUCAUUUGGAGUCUUGAUGUAUGAAAUGCUUAUCGGUCAAAGUCCAUUUCAUGGUGAAGGCGAAGACGAAUUGUUUGAAUCAAUUUUGCAUGAGCGACCAUAUUUUCCAAAAAGUAUUGGCAAAGAGGCAGCAAAGUGUUUGAGUGCCUUGUUCGAUCGCAAUCCAAAUACUCGCCUUGGAAUGCCAGAAUGUCCAGAUGGGCCAAUUCGAACGCACUCAUUUUUCCGUGGCGUUGACUGGAAGAGAUUUGAAGCUCGACAAGUACCACCACCAUUCAAGCCAAGCUUGAAGUCAUCAAACGACGCAUCAAACUUUGAUGAAGAUUUCACAGCUGAGAAGCCUCAUUUAACACCAAUAGCAGACAAGUCACUGUUGGCAUCUAUUGAUCCAGAGGCGUUCCUUAACUUCUCAUACACUAAUCCACAAUUUGUAAAAUAA